AUGGAGAGGCCUGAGAUAGACUGGCUCGCUAAGCGCUCUGCCCCCGAGGACGCUUGGCCUGGACGUGUCCGAAGCUCAAGCCCUGUUGUCCGUCUGGCCUACUGGGCAGUGACUGCCCCAGCAGCUACCUUGGGGACCUUAGACUUCAGUCUGCUGUACGACCAGGAAAACAACGCCCUUCACUGCACAAUCAGUAAAGCCAAGGGACUGAAGCCGAUGGACCAUAAUGGGUUGGCAGAUCCAUAUGUCAAACUGCAUUUGCUCCCGGGAGCAAGUAAGGCAAAUAAACUCAGAACAAAAACACUGCGGAACACCCUGAACCCCACCUGGAACGAGACUCUCACCUACUAUGGGAUCACAGAUGAAGACAUGAUCCGGAAGACCCUCAGGAUUUCCGUCUGCGAUGAGGACAAAUUCCGCCACAAUGAGUUCAUCGGGGAGACACGGAUCCCCCUGAAAAAACUGAAGCCCAACCAGACCAAGACCUUUAGCAUCUGUCUGGAGAAGCAGCUGCCGUUUCUUGGCUAUUAUUACAGAUACCUGAAACCUGAUGUGGACAAGAAAUCCAAGCAUAAGACAGCUGUGAAGAAGAAAACCUUGAACCCGGAAUUCAAUGAGGAAUUCUGCUAUGAGAUAAAGCAUGGCGACCUGGCUAAGAAGACUCUGGAGGUCACUGUUUGGGAUUACGAUAUCGGCAAAUCAAAUGAUUUCAUCGGAGGAGUCGUGUUAGGCAUCAACGCCAAAGGGGAACGUCUGAAGCACUGGUUUGACUGCCUAAAAAACAAAGACAAGAAAAUUGAGCGCUGGCACACACUGACGAAUGAGCUGCCCGGUGCUGUCCUCAGUGACUGA